CAUUUACCUGACUGCUGUCACUAUAUGUAUCAAUAUUUGCGUUACUGAGUGAGUGAGUGAGUGAGGGCAGCGCCUCUGCUGAUAGGGUGCGGGAGGUACGGGGUACAGUUAGGGUCAGUCUAGCGCACCAAUUAGAAGUUAGCCGUGUAAGUGAGUGAGUGAGGGCAGCGCCUCUGCUGAUAGGGUGCGGGGAUUGUACGGGGUACAGUUAGGGUCAGUCUAGCGCACCAAUUAGAAGUUAGCCGUGUAAGUAAGUGAGGCGCAAGUGGAUGAUGUUUACAAACUGUACAGAGUGGAGAGUAAAGCUGGAACCAAUGAGAGAUCGGGGGUUCCGCUCCAUUCACAUGACUUUAUACACCCGCCCCAUAGUCACUCAGUUGGACUGUGCUGGUUCCGGUGCUGGGGGGCGGUGACUAAAGUGUGGGUUCCAGUUUGCCAGGUUGGCUGUGUCAGACCCUCCCUCAACUCCCACCUCCUCCUCCCCCGGCUCGUCCCUCCCACACUCCCCCCCGCUGUUACCCUGACACGUACCCCCCGGUUGUGCUGCUGAUGGCCCGGCCCGCUGUGUUGCUCCUACUCCCCGGCCUGGUGCUGUUGGCUGUUGUUCAGUCCGGCCCGGAGGGACCCCCUUCCCUGGUCAUCGCACUGAUCGCCCGUAACGCUGCACAUUCACUGCCCUACAGCCUGGGGGCGCUAGAGAGGCUGCACUACCCAAGGGACAGGAUCUCACUCUGGUGCGCCACAGACCACAAUGAGGACGAGACCCUUGAUGUGCUGCAGGAUUGGGUGGAAGCCGUGCACCCGUUGUACCACUCUCUGCAGUGGAAAGCAGAUGUGGCCCCCAGGUGGUACCCUCAGGAGACUGGACCUAAGGACUGGCCCAAGGAGAGAUAUGAGCAUGUAAUGAAGCUGAGGCAAGAGGCACUUACCUAUGCACGGGAGAAGCAGGCUCAUUAUAUUAUGUACGUGGAUGCGGAUAACGUCCUGACCAAUGAACACACACUGCGGCUGUUGAUGGCGGAGAACAAGACUCUUGUGGCCCCCAUGUUGGACUCACAGACUGGCUUCUCUAACUUCUGGUGUGGGAUAACCCCUCAGGGAUUCUACCGCCGCACUCCUGACUAUUACCCCACUAGGAAUCGUCAGCGCAGCGGCUGCUUCCCUGUCCCGAUGGUCCACUCUACGUUUCUCAUAGACCUGCAGAAGGAGGAAAGCCACGGACUGGCCUUUUACCCCCCACAUCCGAAGUACACGUGGACCUUUGAUGAUAUCAUUGUGUUUGCCUACUCCUGUCUGGCAGCAGGAGUUCAAGGCUACGUGUGCAACACCCACCGCUACGGCUACGUCAAUGUCCCAGCGCUUCCGCAUCAAGAGAUAGAGGACGAUGAGCUGAACUUUGUGCACCUUAUGUUGGAGGCUAUGGUGGAUGGGACCCCAUUCCGUUCAUCUCAGUUUGUGUAUCCACAACCCAAGAACCCAGACAAAAUGGGAUUUGACGAGAUCUUCCUUAUUAACCUGCGCCGCCGCUCUGAGCGCCGGGAGAGGAUGCUUCGCUCUCUGUAUGAGCAGGAGAUCACCUGCCGCAUCAUAGAUGCCAUCGAUGGAGGCGCCAUGAACAGCAGUGACAUAAAGCGUUUGGGUGUCAACCUACUUCCCGGGUAUUACGACCCUUUUUCAGGCCGGACUCUUACCAAGGGGGAAGUUGGCUGUUUCCUGAGCCAUUUCCAGAUCUGGAAAGAGAUCACAGAGCGGCAGCUGGAUACAGCAGUUGUGUUCGAGGAUGACGUACGCUUCCAGCCGUUCUUUAAGCGGAAGAUAAUUCGCCUUAUGAAUGAUAUUCGCAGUGCUGGGCUGGACUGGGAUUUGAUUUACAUAGGGAGGAAGCAGGUGACCAUGGACCCAGAACAACCUGUGAAGAACGUGCAGCAUUUGGUGGUUGCUGAUUACUCCUACUGGACCCUGUGCUACAUCAUCUCCUUGCAGGGUGCCCAGAAGCUGCUCAAUGCAGAACCGCUCUCCAAAAUGCUCCCAGUGGAUGAGUUUCUGCCAAUCAUGUCUGACACACACCCCAAUAAGGAAUACAAGCAACAUUUUGUGAACAGGAACCUGCGCGUGUUUUCUGUGCAUCCCCUACUCGUGUCCCCGACUCAUUACACAGGGGAGCCCAGUUGGCAGAGUGACACAGAAACCUCCACCCUUUGGGACAAUGAUAAUGUAAGAACAGACUGGAACGGGUCGCAGAAGACCCUGAAGGACACAAGGGGAGAUUCCCCCUACGUACUACACUCUGCAUCACAUGAUGAGCUGUGACCUAUCAGCAGUAACUGAUCAUGAUGACGUGUGACCUCUUAUUGCAGUGCAAGAUGGUUGUUCAUGGAGGGAAUGGUGACCUCUUAUUGCAGUGCAAGAUGGUUGUGCAUGGAGGGAAUGAUUACAUUAGGACUCUUGUUAGUAGAGAGACUUUAUUUUCCAUUGGCUGUCAUUGUAAGCAGUAUGUUACAAGGCAGGGAAGAAAUGUGUUGCCACACUUAUUGGCACAAAAAAUUGGUGCUACAAAAAAAAAGUGUACUGUAUUUUCUAUGCUAUGUGACUUCAUGGGGUAAAGGUUUUUCUGACUUUGA